AUGGCCCGUGGACAGAAGACCAACGCCGAGCGCAAGACCCGUUCGGCCCUCACGGACGUCGUCGCCCGCGAGUACACCAUCCACCUCCACACCAAGGUCCACGGCCAGGGCUUCAAGCACCGCGCCCCCUCGGCGGUCAAGGCCGUCCGCAUCUUUGCGCAGAAGGCGAUGGGCACCAAGAAGGUCCUCCUCGAGCCGUCGGUCAACGAGGCCAUCUGGGGCAAGGGCAUCAAGAACGUCCCUCACCGCCUCCGCGUUCGCCUCCACCGCAAGCGCAACGACAACGAGGACGCGCCCGCCGACGAGAAGCUCUACACCCAGGUCUCGGUCGUCCCGACCACCGACUUCAAGGGCCUCAACACCACCGUCGUCGACGCCGAGGAGUAA